AUGUGUACAAUCCCAGGCCCAUCCUAUUUGCUGGAACCAGAGACGGACAAAGCAAAAACCGUUUCACUACGCUUCCAUUCUUCUAUCAUUAUAGCACGCCUUUCCUUACGCCUGAAGAAGAUUGAACGUCAAAUGGAACUGAAGCGUCGUUUUGUACAACUGAAGAUGGAACGUCGUUACCAAGGAGUCAAUCUGUAUGUCAACAACAUGGAUGAUUCUAUUGACGAUGAGCGUCUACGUAAGGAGUUCUCUCCUUUCGGUACUAUAACAUCUGCCAAAGUGAUGUUAGAAGAAGGGCGUUCAAAGGGCUUCGGUUUCGUUCGUUUCUCAGCAGCAGAGGAAGCUACAAAAGCUAUUACUGAGAUGAAUGGACGAUUCGUUGGAAGCAAACCGCUAUAUGUUGCCCUUGCACAUCGCAAGGAAGAUCGCAAAGCACAUGUAGCUUCGCAGCACGGUAGACACAACAAGUAUAUGCAACGUAUGGCCAAUAUGCGUAUGCAACAUAUGGGACAAAUCUUCCAACCGGGUGGUAAUGGUGGCCAUUAUGUGCCAACACUUCCACAGCCACAAAGAUUCUUCUCGAAGCAGGUCAGCCAAAUCCGUGCUACUCCAGGAAGGUUCCGCGCCAAUACGAAUCGAAAGGCAGUUGCAGCAAAUGCAGCGGGAGGUGCUUAUCCAGCUAUGGGUGCUGCCACUGCUGGUAAGCAAUACCGCCAAGCAGCAAACGUCCGUACAAAUAAACCAGCUCCGAAAGCUCAAGCAGCUCAAGCUGCUAGUGCUGCAGCGUAACUCUGCUCGUCCAAUCCGCCUGCCCAAGCUGUUCCUGUGGCAGCUCAACCUGUUGCCCAACAAGCUGUCCACGUAAAAGGACAAGAACCACUUCCGGCCUCUAUGCUGAUAACUGCACAGCAAUCAAUUUUACUUUUCAACAAUGAAACUUAGAAAAUGAAAAAUGGUCAACUUGGAAUAGCGGCGAUGGCCUGUUAAUUGU